GUGCCCUUGCUGCAGGUGGCUCAUCCCUUCCAAGGUCGUGUCCUCUGCAGAGGCUACAGCAGUCCUGUGGCAUAAAUUUGUGUCUCCCUGCCUUUGGGGAGAGCAGGGACAGGGGUGCACUGUGGAAGUGCAGAGCUGUUGGGGAACAGGCAGUAGGGUGGGUUUUGGGGCUGUGGGUGCAGCAAAACCCAUGAACGAUGGCAGUGUGCUCCCCACGGGGGCAGGGCCAGCAGCCCUUGCUGUGCCUGUGCGCCAGGGGCCGUGUGCCAGGGGCCAGGACAGCCCGGAGGCGGUGUUAGGGCGGUGUUAGGGUGGAAGCCAGGCCCAGGCAGCGUGGAAUGCUGGGACAGCACAGGGCAUUAGGGAGGAGCGUGGCCUGUGCUGGGCAGAGUGCGGUUGUGGCGCUGCAGCUGGAAGCAGUAGGACAGGCCAGCGCCUCUGCCCGGGUGACAACUCACUUCGAAGACCACAUCCACCAGGAGGUGCAGGAUUACUAUGGCAAAGAGCUGCAGAAGACAGAGGACCUCAAAACCAAUGCGUGCAUCACUUCAGCCAGGCCCCUUCCCAAGCUGGUGAGAGAUGCUCUGAAGCACAUCCAUGAUGAGGUGGUGGCCAGGUACUACGGCUGCGGUCUAGUGAUCCCUGAGUGCCUGUCAUCGUGCCGGAUUCUGGACCUGGGCAGCGGCAGCGGCAGGGACUGCUACCUGCUGAGCCAGCUGGUCGGGGAGCAGGGCCAUGUCACUGGGAUAGAUAUGACCGAGAGCCAGGUUGAGUUGGCAAAGAGGCACAUUGCCUACCACAUGGAUAAGUUUGGCUACCGAAAGCCAAAUGUGGAGUUCUUCCAUGGUUACAUGGAGAAGCUGGGUGAUGCCGGACUGUCUGAUGAGAGCUACGAUAUUGUCAUCUCCAACUGUGUGAUCAACCUUGCCCCUGAGAAGAGGGCUGUGCUGCAGGAGGCAUUCCGUGUGUUGAAGCCCGGGGGAGAGAUGUACUUCAGUGAUGUCUAUGCCAACGAGCGCCUGGAUGAGAUCAUCAGGAGCCACCAGGUGCUGUGGGGAGAAUGCCUGGGAGGAGCCCUGUACUGGAAAGACCUGUACAGCAUUGCUGAGGAGGUGGGGUUCAGCCCCCCAUGCCUGGUCACUGCCAGCCCCAUCACCAUUGGCGACAAGCAGCUGGAGGGCAUCGUCGGCGACUGCCGCUUUGUUUCUGCAACUUUCCGCCUGUUCAAGGUGCCGGCUGGCAGCCAGGCCGGGCCAGCACAGGUCAUCUACAAUGGUGGGAUUGUGGGGCACGAGCGAGAGCUGGUGUUUGAUGCCAACUUCACCUUCAAGGAAGGAGAGGUGGUAGAUGUGGAUGCUGAGAUGGCUGCGAUCUUGCAGAGCUCCAGGUUUGCGGAGAAGUUCCUGAUCCGAGCUGGCGGUGCUGCAGCACUGCAGGGCAGCUGUCACAAGGGAGCAAAGGAGAAGAUCUGUGACCCCUUCCAGCUGCUGGAGGAGCUGACAGCCCCAGGUGCUGGUGGCACCUGUGGUCCCCCAGGGUGCUGCUGAGUGGCAAGCAGUGUCCCCACACCACUCUUGGAAGCCACUGGGGUGAGAGGAUGUGGCCCCAGUGACGUCUUCCACCAGAGAGCAAAUAAAUAUAUCUGAGCUCAAA